AUGUACAACUUAUUUCUGAUCAAUUUCUUUGAUCAAUCUUUCGUCAAUAUCGUCGAGGAUUAUGUUCACGGUAUUAGAACUUCAAAGAAACUUUUUUCUUUAUCAGCUUAUUACGAAUCUCAACUUCGAUAUUGGUACAUUUUUGGAACUAAAUUUAUUCCAAUUUUCGCUUAUUCUGCUUUAAUGUUUUUCGGAAAUCGAGUUCAUUUAAUGAUUUACAAUCUUUGUACUUUCAAUGGUAAUGAUGUCCAACUCAUGAUUAAGAGACUUGGAAUACUUGAUCGAUUGUCUUAUCGAAACAUUGGUAUUUAUUUGAAUGGAACUAUUUUGCUCUGUAAUCAUUUCACUCUAUUGCUUGCCAAUAAUGUCGCGUUAAUCUUUGGGUAUUUAGCUCGACCUGCUUCCCCUCACCAUGAUGGAAGUACUUUCACCAAUACUCGUGGGUCACUUUUCUGCAUAGUGACUGGUAUUAAUAUUCACUAUUGGUACUUGGCCUCGUUUUCUUGGAUGAACGUAAUGGCCUACGAUGCAUGGAAAUCAUUCAAACGAACCCACGAACGAUUAUCUAAUUCAAUGGUUCACUUUCUUAAAUACUCACUCUACUCGUGGUUAGUUCCAACAGUGAUUGUCCUCAUCUCGGUGGCAGUUGAUCUCUCCAAUCUACCGAAUGAAUAGCGUUCAAUGUAUGGACAACGAAUCAGUUGGAUAAGCACUCGACAGUCGCUUCUGACCUUUUUCGUGGCUCCCGUUUCCUUGAUUAUUAUUGUCAAUUUAAUCUUUUUCUCCUUGACAACUUAUUUUCUUCAUCGAGCUAAACGAUCAACUCGAAUCGUAAUCAAUUCGAAAUCGAGUCAAGAAAAUUCUCAAAGUUAUUCACUUUAUGUUCGAUUGGCGACAUUAAUGGGACUAACUUGGAUCUUUUGGUUUUUCGCAGCAUUUUCGGGUUUCAAUAGUCUCUGGUAUCUAUUCAUCCUCUUGAAUGGACUACAGGGUGUUUUCAUCUUCUUCUACUUUAUCUGUAAGCCGGAAGUUUUUACAGCGUUUCGCGAACAGAUCGGUUUCUACCUCCAUGGACAUGAAGUUGUCUCUCGAAACUCAACAAGUCGGACAACCGGAAGUAUUUCACUUUUACCACAAACAUCAGCAGCCACAUUAUUAUAAUCAAAGUUUGAAUCUCAUAAGAACAAUGAUUUCUUUUAAUCUUAAUGAACCUCAAAUGAAAUGUCUUAAU